AUGGCUCAACCCACAACAAGAAUAGGCCUUGCUGGACUGGCUGUGAUGGGCCAAAACCUAGCACUCAAUAUUGCUGAGAAAGGCUUUCCCAUUUCUGUUUAUAACCGAACCACAUCCAAGGUUGAUGAGACUGUAGAACGAGCAAAAGCGGAAGGAAAUCUGCCAGUUUAUGGCUACCAUGACCCUGAAGCUUUUGUUCAUUCCAUUCAAAAGCCUAGGGUGAUAAUAAUGCUUGUUAAGGCUGGGGCACCUGUUGACCAAACCAUUAAGACCCUAUCUGCCUUCAUGGAAAAAGGUGACUGUAUAAUUGAUGGUGGUAAUGAAUGGUAUGAGAACACCGAAAGAAGAGAGAAACAGGUGGCCGAAUUGGGUUUGCUCUACCUUGGGAUGGGAGUUUCAGGUGGUGAGGAAGGUGCUCGUAAUGGUCCCUCUUUGAUGCCUGGUGGUUCGUUUGAGGCUUUCAAAUACAUAGAAGAUAUUGUUCUCAAGGUGGCAGCUCAAGUCCCUGAUAGUGGUCCUUGUGUGACAUAUAUUGGUAAAGGUGGCUCUGGUAAUUUUGUGAAGAUGAUCCACAAUGGUAUUGAAUAUGGUGACAUGCAACUGAUUGCCGAGGCUUAUGAUGUGCUGAAGUCAGUGGGAAAGUUGUCAAAUGAGGAGCUACAAAGUGUUUUCUCUGAAUGGAACAAAGGAGAACUUCUGAGUUUCCUGAUUGAAAUCACUGCAGAUAUAUUUGGAAUUAAGGAUGAUAAAGGAGAUGGAUAUCUUGUUGACAAGGUUCUAGACAAGACUGGCAUGAAGGGUACUGGUAAGUGGACUGUUCAGCAAGCUGCUGAAUUAUCAGUUGCUGCUCCCACUAUUGAAGCAUCAUUGGAUGCUAGGUUUCUGAGUGGGUUGAAGGAGGAAAGAGUAGAAGCUGCAAAGGUCUUUAAAUCAGGUGGCUUUGGUGAUAUUGUGACUGAUCAACUAGUAGACAAGCAGAAGUUGAUUGAUGAUGUUAGGAAGGCACUUUAUGCAGCCAAAAUCUGUAGUUAUGCACAGGGAAUGAACCUAAUCCGUGCAAAGAGUAUCGAAAAGGGAUGGGAUUUGAAGUUGGGUGAACUGGCCCGGAUUUGGAAAGGGGGUUGCAUCAUUAGAGCUAUAUUCUUAGACAGAAUCAAACAGGCAUACGAUAGAAACCCUGAUCUGGCAAACCUUCUUGUUGAUCCAGAGUUUGCGAAAGAAAUAAUUGAUCGCCAAUCUGCCUGGAGGAGAGUUGUUUGCCUUGCUAUCAAUUCUGGUAUCAGCACUCCAGGUAUGUCUGCUAGUCUUGCUUAUUUUGACACUUACAGAAGGGAAAGGUUGCCAGCAAAUUUGGUGCAAGCUCAACGAGACUACUUUGGUGCUCAUACAUAUGAAAGGGUUGACAUAGAUGGGUCUUACCACACUGAGUGGUUCAAGCUUGCCAGACAGUCCAGAAUUUAG